GCUCGGCUCGUUUUGUUUUCCUUUUCCCCUCUUUACCAGUCUUCUGCGGCAACCGCAAUCGAACCGGGUGAGAUAAGCCCUAACGCGGUCUUCCGCAUGGGCAUUUAGUGGGUGGUUGAAAGGGCUAGUACCUACCCGGUCAUCGGCAUCGGCGGAGGAGAUAGUUGGUGUUAGCUUUUGCCUUCGCGACGAGGCCGUCUCUUUUCCUUUUCCUCUUCCGUUUCUCGUGGGAUUCAAAGGCGAAAGUGGGAAGUGGGUUUUAGGGUUUCUUCUCGAUUGCUGAUGGCAUCCGAUCUCCAUCUCGACGAUGAGGAUGACUUUGGAGGAGAUGUUCCUGGAAGCCAAAGUAGUGCUAAACGUUCAGGUGGUAAGAGGACUUUUGGAGAUCUCGACGAAGAAGAGGAUGAUGUCUUCGGCCCCAAGAAGGGAAAGCCAAAAGUUGAAGAAAGUGGACCUGGUAUGACCACUGGAAUGAUUUUGUCUUUGCGUGAAAGCUUGCAGAACUGUAAAGAUAAUCUUGCAACAUGCCAGGAAGAGCUAGAAGCUGCUAAAUCAGAGAUUCAAAAGUGGCAUUCUGCAUUUCAGAAUGGACCAGCUACACCUGCUGGCACAUCUCCAGAGCCUGGGUUGGUGCUAACUUAUCUCCAGAAUUUGAAGUCCUCUGAGGAGUCUUUAAAAGAGCAGCUAGAGAAAGCCAAGAAAAAAGAGGCUGCAUUCAUAGUUACUUUUGCAAAAAAAGAGCAGGAAAUUGCUGAUCUCAAGUCUGCAGUUCGAGACUUGAAGACACAGUUAAGGCCACCAUCGAUGCAGACAAGGAAGUUGCUACUUGAUCCAGCCAUUCAUGAAGAGUUCACACGGUUGAAGAAUUUGGUUGAAGAGAAGGAGAAGAAAAUUAAAGAAUUGCAAGACAAUCUUGCUGCGGUCAAUUUUACUGCAUCCAGCAAGCUUGGAAAAAUGCUAAUGGCAAAGUGUAGAACAUUGCAAGAGGAGAAUGAGGAGAUUGGAGCGAUGGCAUCAGAGGGAAAAAUCCAUGAAUUGGGAAUGAAGAUCGUGGUGCUAAAAUCUCAAAAUGCAGAACUCAGGAACCAAUUUGAUGCAUUGUACAAGCACAUGGAAGGACUAACAAAUGAAAUGGAGAGAUCAAAUGAAAUGGUCUAUAUAUUACAAGAGAGGCUAGAAGCAAAGGACUGUGAGCUAAGAAACUUGAAGGAGUUAUUAACCCAGAAAGAAGCAGCUGAGGAAAGAGAUGACGAUGAUGGUGACAAGGAAGAAGCCAACGAAGGAAAUUCUGCUGAUGUUGAGGCAUGAGAUUUUGGAGGGGAAAAUUUUCAAGAAUUUCUGCGGAUGUUGAUGCUUCAGAUUUUGAACUUUUUAUUUUUCCAUAUGAAAGGUUGGGAGCAGUCAGCUGUAGUUGUAACCAUGUUAGACUCCGAAGCUGGUAAACCAUGAUAUUUCUGGCUCUGUUGCUAAAAUGAUCAUCCUGGUUCUGAGUGUAUUGUUUAUCGAUUACGGUCCUUCUAAGGAUGCGAUGUGGACCCUUUGAAAGGAUUUCUUGAAAUCCAGGAGUGGUGGCUUCUUCUCUCAA